AUGCUUUGGCGAUAUCCCAUAAAAGACACCAUAUACCAACUGUGCAAGCAGAUUAUGCUUCCAGAGGGUGUUCUCAUCUCCCAUGACUUCGAUAAAGCUGUUCAGUAUGUGAAAAGCGCCAUCUACCAGCAAAGAUGUUACAAAGGCGUCAUUCCGAUGCUCAACACCAACGUGAACUUGGUAAUGAACACUUUUGCUGAUCCUCUACCGAUUGUGCGCCAAUCGUGGACGGAAUAUACUACCAAUCCAAGACGAGGAACUUUCAUUUUCAGUGUGGUGCCAUUGGUGUAUUCGCUUUCUAUCCUGUCAGUGAUCACUUGGUUCCUCACUAUCUUUGUCAUUACCAACUACACCAUAAGGCCGUCUGUGCUCUUGAAAUUUACAUCCAUCAUUUCAUCGCUAUAUAUGCUUAUAACAGUUGUUAAGUCCAUAGUUAUUCUCCACGGACAGCAACGCAGGGGUUUUUUGCACGGCUAUGCCCUACUAGACCAGAUCAACAGUCUGGUAUAUCUUAAUGUUAUUGACAUGAUUGUGACAUUUCUUUUACAAGUGAGUCAAGCACAAGUGUUGAUCCGCUUGUUUCUGCGACAAAGCGAUAAGCGAACUGUGUUUUUGGUUGGGCUUCUAUCGUCCAUAGCCUCGCAGACGUUAUGGAGCGUUAUGAAGUUCCAUAAAUUCAACAAAAAUGCAGAAAUGGAAAAGAUCUUACCGGCCUUGAUCUACUUGUUCCGCAUUGCCAUGAGUAUAAGUUACGCAGCAAUUUUCACAGCUUUUAUUCUCACAAAACUGAAAACCCUUAUGCUACAUCGUGAAAUGUGGGCCAUUUCUCUUCUCACGCUUGUUUUUAUAUAUGCGCCUGUGGCGUUUUUCAUUGCUGAUGUUUCCAAUACUUGGGUUUACGAAUUAUCCGAGGUGUUUUCUGUGGUGACCUAUGUCGUGUGUGUGGUGAUUCCCUGGGAAUGGUGUAAUCAGUACAAUGUUAUACGCAAGCAGCAGGAAAAAGAAGGAGUAUUGGGAAGAAAAUUCUAUGAAGAUGAACUUUAUGAGCUAGAUAAAUUUCAGCUUUUUGUUGAAGAGGAAGACUCAGACGUAAAUGAUGAAGAUGGGUCUCCGUCUCUUCAUCUGUCAACGAACAAUCAAUCAGGUCCCUCAAAUGGUUCUGAUGGUCCUGGAGAUAUUGUUCCAAAACCAGAAUCAAGGCUAAAAAAUUUCGUCAAUGGUCUAACUUCAGUUAAAGACAUGUUUGUUACCAUAACUGAUAACAUUAUAGCUACAGGUUUAGCUAUUCCAAGAUCGGUUAGUAUUGGAAGCAAUGGGAAUAAUACCAUUCCAACGACGCAUUUUGAUAUUCACACCCCAAGACACCGAUCUAGAAGUACUGGAAUAAGGAUUCCUCAGCCGGAAACUAACAGGAAUAAGAACGUCUUUGUGUAUUCAACUAGAGAUGUGGUCAUAAAUAUGGACGAUAAUCAAACAGAAAAUGAUGUAUAG